AUACAGUCAUCGCGCAGAAUCAGCAGCCAGCAGAAGUGUGCACUCACGAGACACCUUCGUCGUCUUCAAGUUAAGUUGGGCGUUGACGUUUCGUUGCACAUCUUCGUCGCAGUCUCUCGGAUCAACCUCCGGUAGACCCUUGCCAGUUGGUCACUUCGAGGCAAAUUUUAUUUCGAUUGUUCGGUGACUCGUAAGUGAAGCUCGCCAACACACGGACCAGCAACAUGGCUCUCAGCGAUGCUGACGUUCAGAAGCAGAUUAAGCAUAUGAUGGCCUUCAUUGAACAAGAGGCCAAUGAAAAGGCUGAAGAAAUUGAUGCUAAGGCAGAAGAGGAGUUUAACAUAGAGAAGGGACGAUUGGUACAGCAACAGCGUCUCAAGAUUAUGGAAUAUUAUGAGAAGAAAGAAAAGCAGGUUGAAUUGCAAAAGAAAAUUCAAUCAUCGAACAUGCUGAAUCAAGCUCGUCUUAAAGUACUGAAAGUGCGUGAGGAUCAUGUGAGAAAUGUAUUGGAAGAGGCUAGAAAAAAACUCAGUGAAGUAUCAAGAGAUCAAGGCAAAUAUGCCGAAAUCUUGAAACUUUUGAUCACUCAAGGUCUCUACCAGCUCACUGAAACUACUGUAGUUAUCAGAGUUAGACAACAAGAUGUUCCUCUAAUUGAAUCUCUGUUGCCUGGUAUUCAGCAAGAGUACAACAAUGUUACAAAAAAAGAAACUGUUCUGAAAAUUGAUCAAGAAAAUUCUUUGCCUCCAGACAGUUGUGGAGGUGUUGAACUGUUGGCUGCCAGAGGCCGCAUAAAGAUCGUCAAUACCUUGGAAAACAGGUUGGAAUUGAUUGCCCAGCAGCUGGUUCCUGAAAUACGUACAGCUCUGUUCGGUCGCAAUUUGAACCGUCGAUUCACUGAUUAAAUAAACAACGUUUGCGUCUUGCGCCAAAACAUUCCUGUAUUAUAUCGCGUACCGUGCGCCUCUACCUAAAACGUUGAAAGUGAAGUUAUUUUUAUGCACGCAACAAGAUUCAAUUUCGCCGUACUGCGAGUAUAAGAAAACGCGAUUAGUCUUUACUAUUAUUCAGCGUGUAUUAUAGCACGUAAGAUUUUUGUCUUUGUCUGCUUUAGUAUUUUCAUCAAUUUUAUUUGGAAUUGUAGGGCGUCAACAUUAGGGCUUCUGUUAUUCUAUAUUUAAAGUAUUCAAAUGAUACUGUUGAACAAAAGUAAAUGUUGAAAAAUAUAAUCUUGCCUAGUGUUUUGACCUCUGUAUACUACAUUGUAAAUCUGUUGUUGUUUAAUUAAUUAAAAAACACAAUACUCUUGGUGGAAUGUUUUUUCUUUGUACAUAAGCAAUUGUAAC